AUGUCAGGUGAAGAAGCCUCUAGUCCUUUUUAUAUUUCUUCUGAUUCUGAGUCUGAAGGGGUUCCUUUUGCCGAUGUUGCUGCUCCUAUGGCGGGGCAAGAUGAUAUAUUACGCACCAUGGCAACUGCAAUGCAACAGAUUGCUAGAAAUGUGCCACCAAGUCAAUCUUCCAUCCUUAAACAGAUGAAUGAAUAUCAUGCUGAAGAAUUCAGAGGUAAACUAGAUGAUAAUCCAACCAAGGCUGAGUACUGGUUGGAACAGUUAGAGCGAAUAUUCGGCUGCAUGACUUGUACAUCAGAUGAAAAGUUACAGGGUGCAACUGUACUUUUGAAAGAAGAGGCUCACAGGUGGUGGGCCAGUGUGGCUCGCGCUACUCUUCCAGAGAUGUUGACGUGGGAUUUCUUUCUGAGUAAAUUUCGUGAAAGCUAUGUUGGGGAACAGUACAUAGAAGACCGAAGACAAGAAUUUCUACAGUUAGUUCAAGGUAGAAGGACUGUUCAACAGUACGAGAUUGAGUUCUGA